CCGCAGGCGUAGGCAGCGGCGCGGGGAUCAGCCUGCGGCCAAUAGCCAGAGCGCGUCCCGCCCCGUCGCCGCCCCCUCGGGGAGCCUAUAAGUCGCCGCGGCGCAGAGGGCUCCCGGCCGCCCGCUCCGCUCCCUCCACCCGGGACCUCUUGCCUCUCCCGCCGCCCAGCGCUCUCACUCCCGCUGCCUGGGGGCUAAGCGAACUUGGCCGCUAGGGCGGACCGCGCACCCGGCGCUCUCGCGAGAAGUGCUCCAGCCGCGCCGGGAGUGCCUGAAUCGGCGCGCGCCCUCGAGGCCCCCGAGAUGGGGUGGUGCGUGGCGGAGAUGCGGCGGGGGCUGCUGCUGCUGCUGCUCCUCGUCCCGUGUUGGGACAUCUGUCGGGGUGCAGACUUGGAGAAACCCUCUGGCAUCCCCACAGAUAAGUUAUUAGUCAUAACUGUAGCAACAAAAGAAAGUGAUGGAUUCCAUCGAUUUAUGCAGUCAGCCAGAUACUUCAAUUAUACUGUGAAGGUCCUUGGUCAAGGAGAGGAGUGGAGAGGUGGUACUGGAAUGAAUAGUAUUGGAGGAGGCCAAAAAGUGAGAUUAAUGAAAGAAGCCAUUAAACAGUAUGCUGACCAAGAUGAUCUGAUCGUUUUGUUUACUGAAUGCUUUGAUGUCAUAUUUGCUGGAGGUCCAGAAGAAGUUCUAAAGAAGUUUCAAAAAUCAAACCACAAAGUGGUCUUCGCAGCAGAUGGAAUUUUGUGGCCAGAUAAAAAAUUAGCAGACAAGUACCCUGUUGUACACAUUGGGAAACGCUACCUAAAUUCAGGAGGAUUUAUUGGGUAUGCCCCAUAUAUCAACCAGAUAGUUCAACAGUGGAAUCUUCAGGAUAAUGAUGAUGAUCAACUCUUUUACACUAAAAUCUAUAUUGAUCCGCAGAAGAGGGAGGCUAUUAACAUCACUUUGGAUCACAAAUGCAAAAUUUUCCAGACCUUGAAUGGAGCUGUCGAUGAAGUUGUCUUAAAAUUUGAAAAUGGCAAAGCCAGAGCUAAGAAUGUAUUUUACGAAACAUUACCAGUGACAAUUAAUGGAAAUGGACCCACCAAGGUUCUACUGAAUUAUUUUGGAAACUAUGUACCUAAUGCUUGGACACAGGAAAAUGGCUGUACUCUUUGUGAUCUGGAUACAAUUGACUUAUCUGCAGUAGAUGUCCUUCCAAAUGUCACAAUAGCUGUUUUCAUUGAGCAACCAACCCCCUUCCUACCUCGAUUUUUGGACUUACUUUUGACACUGGAUUACCCAAAGAAAGCACUCAGACUAUUUAUUCACAACAAGGAAGUUUAUCAUGAAAAGGACAUCAAAGUAUUUUUUGAUAAAGCUAAACAUGAAAUCAAUACUAUAAAAAUAGUCGGUCCAGAAGAAAGUCUCAGUCAGGCUGAAGCCAGGAACAUGGGAAUGGAUUUUUGCCGUCAAGAUAAAAGCUGUGAUUAUUACUUUAGUGUUGAUGCAGAUGUUGUUUUGACAAACCCAAAGACUUUAAAAAUUUUGAUUGAACAAAACAGGAAGAUCAUUGCUCCUCUUGUAACACGUCAUGGAAAACUGUGGUCCAACUUCUGGGGAGCACUGAGUCCCGAUGGGUAUUAUGCUCGAUCUGAAGAUUAUGUGGAUAUUGUUCAAGGGAACAGAGUAGGAAUAUGGAAUGUACCAUACAUGGCUAACGUGUACUUAAUUAAAGGAGUGACACUCCGAUCAGAGAUGAGUGAAAGGAACUAUUUUGUCCGUGAUAAAUUGGAUCCUGAUAUGGCUCUUUGCCGAAAUGCUAGAGAAAUGACCUUACAAAGGGAAAAAGACUCCCCUACUCCGGAAACAUUCCAAAUGCUCAGCCCCCCAAAGGGUAUGUUUAUGUACAUUUCUAAUAGACAUGAAUUUGGAAGACUAUUAUCAACUGCAAAUUAUAAUAUUUCACAUUAUAACAAUGACCUCUGGCAAAUAUUUGAAAAUCCUGUGGACUGGAAAGAAAAGUAUAUAAACCGUGAUUAUUCAAAGAUAUUCACUGAAAAUAUAGUUGAACAGCCUUGUCCAGAUGUCUUUUGGUUUCCCAUAUUUUCUGAAAAGGCUUGUGAUGAAUUGGUGGAAGAAAUGGAACAUUAUGGCCAGUGGUCUGGGGGAAAACAUCAUGAUAGCCGUAUAUCUGGUGGCUAUGAAAAUGUCCCCACUGAUGAUAUCCACAUGAAGCAAAUUGGUCUGGAGAACGUGUGGCUUCAUUUCAUUCGGGAAUUUAUUGCACCAGUUACACUGAAGGUCUUUGCAGGCUAUUAUACAAAGGGAUUUGCGCUACUGAAUUUUGUAGUAAAAUACUCCCCUGAGAGACAACGCUCUCUCCGCCCUCACCAUGAUGCUUCUACAUUUACCAUCAACAUUGCACUCAAUAAUGUGGGAGAAGAUUUUCAGGGAGGUGGAUGCAAAUUCCUAAGAUACAAUUGCUCUAUUGAAUCACCACGCAAAGGCUGGAGCUUCAUGCACCCAGGGAGACUCACACAUUUACAUGAAGGACUUCCUGUUAAAAAUGGAACACGAUACAUUGCAGUGUCAUUUAUAGAUCCCUAAGUUAUUUACUUUUCAUUGAAUUGAUUUUUCUUUUGGAAUGGAUGCCUGGCAUGAACAUGUCUUUGAAGUUGUGCUUGAGAAGAUGAGAGAAAUAUUUAAAUAACUUGAACAGAACAACUUCAUUUUGGGCCAAAUAUUUUUUAAAGUUGUUUUGUUUUAAAUUCUUUGAUAUUUUGUCUGCUCUGAGCCUUAAAACACAGAUUGAAGAAGAAAAAAAAAGUUAACGCAAAUAUUUAUUUCUGUGCCUUAUUGCCUCCAAGAAUAAUGACCAUUUUUCUGAAUUUGUAUUUCAGUUCAUCAAACAUUCAGGUACAGGUAUAGAGGUGACAGAUAAUAGUAUUUUCUUGUUUAACAAGAACCUUGGAAGAAUUUUAUUUAUCAACAUGUAGACAAAACUUGUAUGGAUGAAAAUUGGCUUUUUUCUUUAAUGUUGGAAAACUGGGAUCUUAACUGAACUUGUAUGCAAUGAAUUCUGUGCCCCCCACCCCUUACACACACCAACAGGUGCUUUUUGCAGUAGUUACUAAGGAAUAUUGUAUCACCACUCUUGCCAAGAUACAGUACAAAAUACAGCUGAGGCACCCAGUUGAAAACAACUGUGUUAGACACCAGGCCUCAGGUGAAUUUUUCCAAGGUGGAUUAUAUUAAGUAGCUGUUAUUUUUAGGGAAGCUUUUAGACCUUUCCUUAUCAGGUAUCCACUUAAAAUCAGCAAGUGCCCUUAAGUCAAAACAACUUUUGAUUUUUUUUUUCAAUUCUAGAAAAUAAUGAGGGGAAAGUAUUUCAUUGAGAUUAUCAGUAGUAUUUUAUAAUUAAAAGAAAAAAAAUUUUUUAAGUACUUGAAUUUUGUGUCAGGAAAUUUAAGUUGGUGGGCCUACCCCGUUUGUCUUCCCCCUUAGUCUUUUUUUUUUUUUUAAGGGAGAAUUAUUCCAUCCUUGUCUUCUCAUAGUGCUUAUUUUAUCCUUCUUACUCUUUUUAUUAUUUGCCCUUUGUUCUACUUUUAAAAAUUCCCAACACACAAAAAUCUUUGACUUUCAACAUUUCUUUGAGGUUUAAAUAUUCUCUUUUUAGCUACUGUUUUUAAUUUAUAGGUUAAACUUGAAGAACGUUUUAAGUCAUGGUGCCAAAAUUCAUUUUUCUAACACCAUGUGUUAGAAAAUUAUGAAAAAUAAAAUAAUUAAAAAUA